AUGGUGAUCCAAAACAACUCGGCAUCUAUUUGCAAUCUUGAGGCGCAAAUUGGUCAACUCUCCAACAUGCUUAUUGAGAGGACAACAGGGACUUUACCAAGCAACACUAUGACCAGUUCGAAGGUGCAUGUCAAAGCCAUGACAUUGCGAAGUGGGCGGACAUAUGACCAGCCACAAGUAGUAAGUAGCGAGCGAGAUGCAGAAGCUGAAAAUGUGGAGACCAAGAUGAAGGAAACUGAGGGCGAGAUGAAAGAAACUGAUCGGGAGGCAACCGACCAGCAAGGACUAGAGAGAAUAAAGGGGAUGCAAAAUCCAAGAAAUCCAGGGACCUUAGAGCAAAUGCCUAAAUGUAAAAACUUUUUUAAGGAUAUCUUAUUAAACAAGCGGAAGUUGGAGGAGCCUGAGAUUGUGAUGCUGAGCGAGGAGAGCAGUGCAAUUUUACAAAGGAAAUUGGGUCUUCGAGAAGUAAAGCCAACCAUCAUCUCUCUACAGUUGGCAGACAGAUCUAUCAAAUACCCGAGAGGACUCAUUGAGGACGUACUGGUGAAAGUUGAUAAGUUCAUCCUCCCUGCUGACUUCAUUGUUGAUGAUAUGGAGGAGGACAAAGAGAUCCCUUUGAUAAUGGGCCGACCUUUCCUGGCGACGGGGAGAACUUUAAUUGAUGUCUAA